AUGGUGCUGGAUACAGAUAGUUUAAAGUUUGCGGAACGUGAAAUCGUUCAAGAACACCAAUUGAAAGAAAAGGUGAUUAAUGAAGAGUUCAAGAUUUGGAAGAAAACGGUGCCAUUAUUAUAUGAUACCAUUUACUCUCAUGCCCUUGAAUCACCAUCUUUAUCAGUGCAAUGGUUACCUGACUAUACAGUUUCCGAUAACAAGAACCAAGUGAAUGUGAGGUUUUUAUACGGAACUAAUUCCAAUGCAACUAGCAAAAAGGGACCCAAUUACUUAAAGUUGGGCUCGAUUGACUUACCAAGUACCUUAGCGCCUGACUUCAGUAAAUUUUCACCAAAUAGUGAUAGUAUACCUAUCCCCCUUUCAAAUUCCGAAGCCCCACUGAGUACAGUUAAGGAAUUAAAAUCAUGGAGUCAUUCUGGAGAAAUUAAUCAAUUGAAGGUAUCCCCAAAUUCUCAAAACGUAAUUACCUUUGAUAAUAAGGGGAUUAUACAUCUUUAUGAUAUUAAUAAAGAAGAACCACUGGUUGACUUUCAGUAUCAUAAAAAGGAAGGGUAUGCUUUAGAAUGGGUCCAAGAAUCUCAAUUCUUGUCCGGUGCCCAUGAUUCUCAAAUUGCAUUAUGGGACGUAUCCAAGCCAUCAACUCCAAUACAAUUAUUCAAAUCACAUAAUGGAAUAAUUAAUGAUUUAUCACAUAAUGCAAAUGCUACUAGUAUAUUUGGGUCGGUCGCUAAUGAUUAUACUGCCCAAAUCCAAGAUACUCGUUCUAGUUUAGAAGAUGAACCUGCUAUUCAAAUUAGAUAUUCUCAUCAUCAAAAUUCUAUACUGUUCCAUCCUGAUAUUCCUACAUUAGUUGCCACUGGUGGUAAAGAUAAUAUUGUAUCAUUAUAUGAUUUGAGAAAUACUAAUGAACCGGUUCGUAAGUUUUUCGGCCAUGUCGAUAGUGUUGUUGGUAUCAAAUGGGAUAACAUUUACGAUCCAAGUAGUUUAAUCUCUUGGGGGUUGGAUAAUCGAGUUAUCAUAUGGGAUCUAAACCAAUUAGAUGAACCUUUUACUUAUCCUACCAAUGAUUCUAACGAAACAAACUCUAGAAGAAAGGCAAAACAAGCAGAAGAUCCUUGUUUAAAAUUCGUUCAUGGUGGACACACUAAUAGAAUAAAUGAUAUCGACAUUCAUCCAAAAUUGAAAAAUGUCUUCAUUACUGCUGGUGAUGAUCAUUUAUUGGAAAUAUGGAAACCAAAAACGAUUAUCGUCGAAGAUGAUGACCAAGAGGAAGAAGAAGAAGAAUCUAGAGACCAAGAAGAUGCCGAUAAUGAACAAAAAGAUGAUGAAGAAGCUGAAAAGAACACCAAAGAUGACUCUACCAGUGGGAAUCAAAAUGGCAACGCCGAAGAUGAAAAGAACGAAGAUGUUGAAAUGAAAGAUUAAGCUGCUCUUCGCCUCUCUUUCUCUUGUAUAAUUCUACUCUGUUUUAAGCUAAAAGUUU